CAACGUACAGGAUAGAGCAACAGCCCGCAGCCGAUCAAUCAGGCCUGCAUACGCACAUACACACACUCUCGGGCUGUUAUUCUCACCACAGAUCGCCAUAAUGCCACUGAAAAACGGUAACACCGUGGGCGUGGAGAGACGCAUGGACCUGGCGUCUCUCUUCUGCAUGAUCGGGCGGCACGGUCCCGCUGUGGCUCUGGCUGUGAUAGCUAUGGUGUCCAUGCUGGCGGGGUUCGUCAUCUACCGGACCGUGAGGGGGAAGAGGAGGAAGGCCCCGGCCGCAGACGGUGAUGGCAAAAGCCCCGGGGAGGAGAGAGACGCAGCGGUGAUCCAGGAGCAGAGCCCGGGGGAAGACCGCAGCUGUGUGGAGUCAACAGGUGUGAAUGAUGACGGCUUAUCAGACAUGAAGGAGGGUGUUGGUCUAAUUCAGACUGACCUCAAAGUCAGGCACCGUCGUGCUGCUACUGCUGAAAAUACAUCUCCACCAUACCCCCCUCUCAAGAGUGAGAUCCAAGUACCAGACAGCAAGCACCAAACUUCAGAUGACGCAGAGGAAGAGGCAGUUGUGUGGGACUCUUACCAAGUAGUAGAGGCGUAUGCAGAAGAGGUCAAUAAGAGCCAGCAAAGUGGUACUCACACGGAGGCUGAAUUGGUGCUGGAGGAUGCUGUUGACUACCAGGAUGUGUGUGAAGAGUCCCAUGAUAAUGAGAGCUGCCCACACAAGACUAUUAAUGAUGAGAACCAUGAGGAGGAAGAGAAGGUGUUGAAAUCAGAAUGCCAGGAGGAUGAGGAUCUGACCACAGAUGAGGAUGUUUCUGACAAGCAAACCAGAGAAGAGGGGGACAACAUUCUGUGUGCUUUCAGCAUUCCGAUUUGCUUCGAACAAACCAGUCAUAUGAGUGAAAACAGGGAUGAAGGCCGUCUGCAAGAUAAUAAAACCAUAAACGACGUGGAGGAUUCUGAGGAGCCUGUCAUUCACAUGGAAGAUGUAUCCGUUCCUUGUGUUUGUUAUGACAAAGAUGAGGAGUUUGAAGAGGAACCAGAAACUAUUGAUUGUCAUAGUUAUUCCGCUGAUAUUCACUUCUCUCCGGAUGAGGGAAAGACAAAUGGAUGUGAGGAGGCAGAGAAGGAGUGUUUAAAGGAUGAUAGUCACAAUGACAGUCCGUCAGGUAUGACAACUGAUGCAAACGCUCAAAUCUCAGGCACUGAAGAUUUCAUCGGCUUGUCAUCAGAUUGUCAACAGAGAGAAGAUAAAACAGCGUCAUCUCUUGACGAAGACACUGAUUUUACCAUCCUUUGUCCUCACAUGUCGCCACAUGAGACAGAAAAUCAGCCUGAAAACAUCCAGAACGGUACAGCUGUGGUGUUGACUGAAGAUUGCAACGACCAAGUGUAUGAAACUCAUGUUCAGUCUUGCUACGAAGACGAAGAAAAUGUUCAGAUGAUAAGGAAUGAAGCUUUGGAUGAGGCAAGUGUUUCUGAUGAGCCUGACGUAGUUGCUUGUGAUGCUGAUAACAUUGCUACCCCAGAAGUUCUUCACAAGGCUGCUGAUCCGGACACAAUUGAAAAUGAAACUGGUUCUGUAAUUGUUGAAGAAAUAUCGUCUGUUCACCUGCAACCCCUUUGCCAAGAAGAUCGAGAUGACCAUGUGGAAGAAAAUGGAACUUCUGAAGAGACAAGAGUCGAUGACCCUGAUGCUAGCUGCACCGCACUAUUAAUGUCAGAAGAUAUGUCUUGUCCUGACAUGUUGUCUUCCUCCCAAGACCAACAAAGUGACGACAUGGAAAAUAAUGUAACUCUGGACGAAGCAACGGUUAAAACUGACAUUGAUGCCCCUGCUUGUGAAAAUUCUACUCACACUUCACUAAUAACGCCUAUGGAAUCAUCCCAUCCUGAAAUGUUAUUUUCCCCCCAAGACCUGCAAAGUGACCUACAAAGAGUUCCUGAAGAUACCACUGGUGCUGCUCCCGUCAUGACUGAGGACAAUAAUCCUCCUAUUUGUCAAAUUCGCUUGCCAUCUUUCGAGCAAUUUGAAGUGAGGGAUAAUGACCCAUCAUUGGUUGGCAGUGCUGGUGAAGAGAGUGGAAUUUCAAGCAUGGCGGUCAGCCCUGAUGCUGGGCACGACUUUGACGUGAUUUUUGAACAUGCAGUGCUUCCGAUGAUGGAUUGUUAUCUAAAGUCUGACGGACAGAUGGAGGCUCAAAACAUCGUCUUUGCUGAUGAUGCAGCCAUAUCCGUCAUUAAAGACGAUAUGGCAGGAAUGGUGUUCAUACCUUUCCCUUCACAUCACACCCAGCAACCCCACAGUCCACAAACAAGUUGGACUGAUUAUGAAUCAUCAGCAGUUAACGAGGACAUGUUUGGCCAUGAGAUCGAGGACAGUUACCACAGAGCUAUAGAUCAGUUUGCGGCAGAGAUUGCAAUAAGUGUUACUAGCUUUGUUGAAAAACAGUUGGAUGUGAAAGUUGUAGAGGUUGUAGACGUUAAAGAUAAGAUGGCAGGAGUAAGUGUUGAGAAGAAAGAGGAAGCAAAAGCAGAGAAGGAGGAAGAAGAGGACUAUGAAAAGACUGAAAUUAGUAUCAUGGAGGCAACCAUGGACCAUAAUGAAUGGAUCAUGGAAGGUAACUACCGAGCUCUUCCCUGGAUGAAUCUUUCUGCUUUAUCCAUUCCUCAAGACCUUACACAAACCAACCAGCUUCCCACUGAAGAAAGCAUAAACAGCUUGGCUGCAACAGACACCAGUUGUGUGUAUCCAACAGAAAUCCCACCUUCUACUGACGUCCAACAAACCAGCGCUCUCUCCCUUGUUGACGAUAACACGGAAAAUAACAAGAAGGUUGUGGCGGUCCAGCCCAUGCCCCAGACUGUUAGCGUGACCUUCCGCCUCCAUUUUAUCACGCAAUCACCAAACCAGACGGUGGCUGUCACGGGGAACCAGCAGGAGUUGGGGAAUUGGAAGGAAUUCAUCCCGCUUGAGAGAGCCAAGGACGGGCAUUGGGCCAUGGUGGUCAGCCUGCCCGCGGAGAGUCACGUGCAGUGGAAGUUCGUGGUGGUGGACAAGGGAGAGGUGUGUCGCUGGGAGGAAUGCAGCAACCGCCAUCUUGACACGGGCUAUGGAGAUGAUCUGCUGGUGCACCAAUGUUGGGGACUCGUAUAAAAGGCGAGGUUUCGAAAAUUAUUGGCAAGGGCAUGUUCAGUAUUGGUUGUGGAUGCGGAACCAGAGAGGUUAUAUGUUAACGUAUAUUCAUCGUUAUGGUUUUACAACUUGAUUUAAUCUGUGUGUUUUAACCUGAACAUUUUCCACACAUAAAUGAUUUAUGUAAUGGGAUUUGUCUUAGAGGAUUCCUUUGAACUAGACAGUGAUUAAAUCAUCUUUGAGGCAACUUUGAAAAUUGCCAUAAAAAUACAGAAGCAUUUCAUAAGACGUUUUCCUUUUUUCCGUGGCAGUAUCUGUGAUUAUGCAAAUUGCACCUCUUUAAAAAGGUCUACUUAAUGCAAGUGUUUGACUAAUGUAAAUGGAGACUUUAUUAUACUGUCCUUAUGCUGCUUAAGUACUCCCCAACAAUGUAUGAGAAUAAAUGCACAUGGUUCACUUUUACUACAGCAAUAAAGACAGCAAUACAUGUAUAUUGUAUACUGGUGUUACAUCAGGUAUUAUAAUGUGUUUGCCACUUAACUGUGAUAUAGUUGAUGCUUCCUUUAUCUCCUGGGACUGUGUGCAUGUACGACUGUCCCAUUGUUGUUCUAUCAAUGUGCCUUUUAAACAUGAUUUUUCUAUUAACGUGUUAUAAUACACAACAGUGUCUUUCUUUUGAAAGUGAUCAUUUUCUUAGUUUAUUGAAAUCCUUAGGGUGUAUUUUCUUAAUACAGUCACUUUUUGGUCAUGUAUAAGUAGACUUCUAUCAAAAAUCAUGUCAGUUUUAAGCAAAUAUCUUGUUAUGCAAUACUGUGGAGAUAAUGCUUCGUUUGAAUGUUGUUGAGGAAGAGUUUGCUACCAAAUAAACAAAUGUUACAAGGCUGUCAAA